AUGGAUUUUCCGAGAGUUUCUCGUGUUAUGCGUGCCAAAACCGAUCUGGAUCCACGCCGCAACAUAACGCACGAUGCGAAGGAACGGGCCGCAAUAGAACUGUUCCGCAAGAAGGAAACGCAAAGCGGUGUAACGUGGAAAGAAUUGAAGCUAUUUAUCAACGACAAAAUGGACCGCAAACAGAGCGGGGUUUUGAUGAAGCAGCUGCGUGAUCUGUGGGAGAUGAGCCGGGAGAUGGUCGGUUCCGAGGAGAACACCGUACUCAUCGAUGAGGCAGCGAUUAUGGUGUUACGCCUGUUUCUGGAUCAGAAAGUGGUGCUGAUGAAACAUUCCGCCGAGCUGAAGAAAGUGUUUGGCCAGGUAGCGAAUGCACUGAUCAACAAGAUGUGCACGCUGGUGUCCGAUAUAAGCGCAAAUCUGACAGAUGAAUGCCGAGAGUACCUUAAGGAGAAGGAAGCAAUGAACGGAGACAGCCCCGAUGAGCCGCCACUCUGGGGUGAUCAUAUAGUAUGCAACCUAUCGACGGAACCAUUAGUCUACGAUCAUAGUAAGCUGACCGAUCUCACUAAGCCCAAACCAGAGGAGACGAAAGCGGCAAAAACGUUCAGCAUGGAUUACGGGGCCGUGCAAAAAAACAGAGCGCAGGAUCAGCCAGGAACAUCCAAGGGUGCCGUUCCCAAGCAAACGAAGCAAGAAACGUACACGCGAGCCUGGCUGGCGCAACAAGUGCCGCCGGAUUUGUUGGACAGCUUGAUCGAGCUGCUGCGUUCGGGCAAAACAAACGACGAGCUGCAGAUGGACCUGUUCGAUUUCCUGGGCCCAAACUAUUUCGAUCUGAUAGCGGAAAUUCUCCCCAACCGGAAGCAACUGAUUGAGUCGGCAAAGGCACAGAAAACCGUCACGGCGUUUAAGGAGAAGGCUAUUAAGCGGCUGGAAGCGAUGCAGCAUGCUCCGGCCUUUCUGAUGCCGGUCACGAUUCAGUCCGAGUCGGAGAAGCAGCUGCGCAAACAGGUGAACAAGGAAGAGAAGAAGUUGAAAAAAUUCCUAAACACCGUCGAGCAGGAGGAGGAAACUUGCGAGGAGAUAGAUCCGCUACGGUUACGGGUCAACUACCAGCAAAGCUUGCUUCUGGCCGCCCAGAUGAAACCGUUACUGAUGGACGAUAAACCGCGCACGGUGACGGCGGGACCCCGCACUUCGAGCCGACCAAUAAAGUACCCGAACGUGUACGAUUCUUACAGCGAGGCCCGCCAACAUGUCGGGUUUAUAGCGGGCAACAAACUCCUGCUGCCGGAGAACGUCGAGCGGACGGACAAUAAGCUGUACGAGGAGGUCCAGAUACCGGCCACCGAUCCGCCACCGCUGUCGAUCGGAAGCGAGCGCAUCCAGAUCGAGUCACUGGAUGAGAUCGGACGGAUUGCGUUCAAGGGCUGCCAGGAGCUGAACCGAAUCCAGACCGUCGUCUUUCCAACGGCCUACAAUAGCAAUGAAAACCUGCUCGUCUGUGCCCCGACGGGGGCUGGAAAAACUAACGUCGCUAUGCUGACGGUCGUCUACACGAUCCGCCAGUUUGUCGAUCAGGGAGUGAUCCAUCGCGAUCAGUUUAAGAUCGUGUACGUGGCACCGAUGAAGGCACUGGCCGCUGAAAUGACCGCCAACUUUGGCCGUCGAUUGAAAUCGCUCGAUAUAUCGGUGCGAGAACUUACCGGGGACAUGCAGCUGACCAAAGGGGAACUACAGCAGACGCAGAUGAUCGUGACGACACCGGAAAAGUGGGAUGUAAUGACGCGCAAAGGGGCUGGCGAUGCGGGCUUCAUCAGCCUCGUGAAGCUGCUCAUCAUCGACGAGGUACACUUGCUGCACGGUGAGCGCGGUCCGGUGGUGGAGGCUCUCGUGGCCCGCACCCUUCGGUUGGUGGAGUCUUCUCAGAGUAUGAUCCGAAUAGUGGGUCUUUCGGCCACGUUACCGAACUACAUCGAUGUGGCCCGCUUCUUGCGUGUUAACCCCAUGAUUGGGUUGUUUUUCUUUGACUCCCGCUUCCGGCCAGUUCCGCUCGAGACCAACUUUAUCGGUGUGAAAACGCUGAAUCCGCUCAAGCAGCUCGACGACAUGAACACGAUCUGCUACGACCGGUGUAUCGAUAUGGUGCGCCAGGGGCACCAGGUGAUGGUGUUUGUCCACGCACGCAACGCCACGGCGCGGACGGCGACGGUGAUUCGCGAUCUGGCACAACAGAAGGGCCACGUGCCGCUGCUCGUACCCGAGAGUAAUCCCGAGUACGGUACCGCUUUGAAAGCGAUGUCAAAGAGUCGGAACAAACAACUGGCGGAUCUGUUCCAGAGUGGACUUGCCAUGCACCACGCCGGCAUGUUGCGGCAGGAUCGCAAUCUCGUUGAGAAGUACUUUGCCGAGGGCUUCAUCAAGGUGCUGUGUUGUACGGCCACCCUAGCCUGGGGUGUGAAUCUUCCCGCACACGCCGUCAUUAUCAAGGGGACGGAAAUUUACGACUCCAAGCACGGCACGUUCGUGGAUCUGGGCAUUCUGGAUGUGUUGCAGAUUUUUGGCCGUGCCGGUCGGCCGCAGUUUGAUAAAAGUGGCGUCGGAACGAUCAUCACAUCGCACGAUAAGCUCAACCACUACUUGUCGCUGUUGACGAACCAGUUUCCGAUCGAGUCGAACUUUGUGGCUUGUCUGGUGGACAAUUUAAAUGCGGAAGUAACUCUGGGCACCAUCAGCAACGUGGAUGAGGCGAUCGUGUGGCUCAGCUACACGUAUCUGUUCGUGCGAAUGCGGAUGAAUCCGCAGUGCUACGGCCUCAACUACAGCGAUCUACAGGAAGAUCCGACGCUCGAGCUUAAGUGCCGUCAGCUCAUCCACACGGCCGCCAUGGCCCUGGACAAAGCGCGGAUGCUGCGCUAUAACGAGCGUACCGGAGACCUGAACGUGACGGAUCUGGGCCGCACUGCGUCCCAUUACUACAUCAAGUACGACACGGUGGAGGUGUUUAACGAGAUGAUGAAGCCGAUCAUGAGCGAGGCCGAGAUCCUGGAGAUGAUGUCACAUGCCCACGAGUUUCAGCAGUUGAAGGUGCGCGACGACGAGAUGGACGAGCUGGACGAGCUGACGCACAUUUGCUGCGAAGUGCCGGUCCGGGGCGGAAGCGAAAACAUUCACGGCAAGGUGAACAUCCUGAUGCAGACGUACCUGUCGAAGGGCUUUGUCCGUUCGUUCUCGCUCAUGUCGGACAUGACGUACAUCACGCAAAAUGCGGCCCGAAUCGCUCGGGCACUGUUCACGAUCGUGCUGCGUGCAAACAACCCGAUCCUCGCCGGGCGAAUGCUGAACGUGAGCAAAAUGUUCGAGAAGCAGAUGUGGGAAUCUAUGACGCCGUUGUUCCAGUUCGGCAUUCUACCGAUCGACGUGGUGGACAAGAUCGAGAAGCGUGGACUGAGCGUGCUGGCCCUGCGUGAUAUGGAUGAGCGCGAGAUUGGUGACAUGCUGCGCAACCAUCGGUACGCCCGGUUGGUGAAGCAGUGUGUGGCCGAAUUUCCGAUGCUAGAGAUCGACGCUACCCUGCAACCGAUCACGCGCACCGUCCUACGGAUUCGCGCGUUCAUCAGUCCAUCGUUCCGAUGGAACGAUCGCGUCCACGGGAAGACGGCCGAACCGUUUUGGAUCUGGAUCGAGGAUCCGGAGAGCAACUACAUCUACCAUUCGGAGAGCUUUCUGAUGACCAAACGGCAAACGGUGCGCCGUGAGGUGCAGGAACUGGUGAUGACGAUCCCGCUGAAGGAUCCGCUUCCGCCGCAGUAUUAUAUUCGCGUAGCGAGUGAUACCUGGCUCGGGAGCAACAAUCUGGUGCCGCUCUCGUUCAAGCACCUCAUUCUGCCUGAGGUACACCCACCGCACACGGAACUGCUCGAGUUACAGCCGCUGCCGCUGUCCGUGCUAGGCGAUCCGCAGUACGAAGCGCUGUACAGCUUUACGCACUACAAUCCAAUUCAGACGCAAAUCUUUCACUGUCUGUACCACACGGACCAUAACGUGUUGCUUGGAGCACCGACCGGUUCGGGUAAAACCCUCGCCGCCGAGAUGGCUAUGUUCAGGGUGUUCCGGACACGUCCGACCGCGAAGGUGGUUUACAUUGCGCCCCUGAAGGCACUGGUUAAGGAGCGAAUGGACGAUUGGAAGCUGAGGAUCGAGCAAAAGCUCAACAAGCGGGUGGUGGAACUGACGGGCGAUGUGUCGCCGGACGUUCGGGCGAUCAAGGAGUCUUCGGUGAUUGUGACGACCCCGGAAAAGUGGGACGGUAUCAGCCGAUCGUGGCAGACGCGCGAUUACGUGCGGGACGUGGCACUGAUCGUGAUCGACGAGAUUCAUUUGCUGGGCGAAGAUCGUGGCCCGGUGUUGGAGGUGAUCGUGUCACGAAUGAACUUUGUCGCCUCCCACACCGAGCAAAAGGUGCGCAUCGUGGGCCUUUCGACUGCGCUGGCCAAUGCACGCGAUCUGGCCGACUGGCUCGGCAUAGGGAACAUGGGAUUGUACAACUUCAAACCCUCGGUACGGCCCGUCCCGCUGACCGUGCACAUUCAGGGCUUCCCGGGUAAACACUACUGUCCGCGUAUGGCCACCAUGAACCGUCCCGCUUUUCAAGCGAUCCGUCAGUACUCCCCACACACGCCCACACUCAUCUUUGUGGCGUCACGCAGACAGACGCGUCUCACGGCGAUGGAUCUGAUGGCGUUCCUGGCUAGCGAAGAUAAUCCCAAACAAUUCUUGCACACCACGGAGGAGGAAAUGGAUCAGAUCAUAGCGAAUGUACGCGACAGCAACCUGCGUUUAACGCUCGCCUUCGGCAUCGGCAUGCAUCACGCCGGGUUGCACGAGCGUGACCGGAAGACGUCCGAGGAACUGUUUUUGAACCGCAAAAUACAGAUUCUCGUGGCAACGGCUACCCUGGCAUGGGGUGUCAAUCUUCCCGCGCACCUCGUCAUCAUCAAGGGCACGGAGUACUACGAUGGCAAACUGAAGCGCUACGUUGACAUGCCGAUCACGGACGUGCUGCAGAUGAUGGGCCGUGCCGGUCGGCCUCAGUUCGGCAACGAGGGCAUUGCCUGUGUGUAUGUGCAGGAUGUGAAGAAAAAUUUCUACAAAAAGUUCCUCUACGAUCCGUUUCCGGUCGAGUCGUGCCUGCUGGCCGUGCUGCCCGAUCACGUGAACGCUGAAAUUGUGGCCGGUACGCUGCGAUCGAAGCAGGCGGUGCUGGACUACAUGACAUGGACGUACCUGUUCCGCCGGUUGCUACGAAACCCAACCUACUACGGGCUGGAGAACACGGAAGAGUCACAAGUGAAUUACUUCCUUUCGGAGCUCAUCGAAACCGUCAUCGGCAAGCUGGUGCAUGCCGGGUGCGUGAUGGUGGAAGAAGACAACCGGUCGCUCAUUUCGACGACGAUGGGACGCAUCGCGUCCUAUUACUACCUGUCCCAUCUCACCAUGCGUCUUUUUGCCGACAAAAUGCACCGCGAUUGUACACUCGAGCAGCUACUGCGCAUCAUGGCUGAUGCGUUCGAAUUUGCCGAACAUCCGGUUCGUCACAACGAAGAUUUGUACAAUGCGGAGCUGGCGAAAUUUUGUCCUAUGAAGGUGGAUCCGUUGACGCUGGACAAUGCGCACACGAAAGUGUUCCUGCUGCUGCAAGCGCACUUAUCACGGUUACCACUACCAAAUACUGAUUACAGCACCGACACUAAAUCGGUGCUAGAUCAAUCGGUCCGAAUUAUUCAGGCUAUGAUUGACAUAAGCGCGGAGCGCGGUUGGCUAGCAACGACGCUGCGCGUUCAGCAGCUGAUGCAGUGCAUCAUCCAAGCGCGCUGGCUCGACGAUCCCGUCGUCAUGACGCUACCGAACGUCGAGUCUUACAAUGCAUCCGUUUUCAAGCAGAUAAAAACAGAGCUUCCAUUCCUCACACUGCCCGCGUUGAAAGAAAAGUGCCACCGACAGUACGAGUGUCUUGCCGGGCCAUUGCGGCAAGAGUUUGAGGAGCCCGAAAUCGAGCAGAUACACAAGGUGCUCAGCGGUUUGCCGUCCCUGAACGUGCAGAUCACGAUCCGGGGGCCGUGGGGAGAAGAAACGGACGCGCAGCGCGCAGUGCCACAGCCUUCUUCGCGCGACCAGUGGCUUGAAGUGUACGCCAAACAGGAGUACGUGGUGUUUGUACAGCUCACCCGGUUGGGGCCACUCGAUUCGCUUAGCAUCCACUGUCCCAAGUUCCCCAAAGGGAAGGACGAAGCGUGGUUCCUUACGUUGGGACAUCAGGACGAAGGGGAAGUGAUCGCACUCAAGCGCUGCGUUUACCGGAACAAUCGCAGCACGCAUCAGUUGUGCUUCUACGCACCAACCAAUCCAGGACGCCGCAUUUACACGCUGUACCUAUUAUCUGACGGGUACUUGGGACUGGAUCAGCAGUACAAUAUACAGCUUGAGAUUGUGCAGCCUCCCGAGGGAACUGUGUCUUUCCUUGAGGAUGACGCGGGCUUUUGGGCAGCGGAACCGACCGAUACCGAUGAUGAGGGUGCGUGCGCCGCGGGGGGGUUUGAUAGCUAA